UAAUAAUAUUAAACCCAUCCCUCCUCUUCUGAUCUCCUCCAGCGACUCUCUCUGUGUUUUCCGGCGAUCUCGCGUUGUUUCCGACCAGCACUCGAGUUUCAUCUGAUGGAGAGGUGCUGAGAAACGAAUGUUUAGUCAUUCCGCCUCGCUUGGUUCUAAUUAGUCUGGAGUAAGCUGCUCAUCCAGUUGAUAGAUCUGCUCUAUUAAUAUAGUAAAUGGAGCGUAAGUCCUAUGGCAAUCCGUUUGUUCUUGAGCAUCCGGAGGACCACCCUGACCUCGAACCGCAAAAUGGGCCGGACCCGCCCUCCUCAGAGGAUGAAACUACCAGGAUCGGUGCACCUUCCCCAAAGAAAAGGAAGGGUAUACAAAAGAGGGUGGUUUCGAUACCGAUUGACAGGGAUGUGAAUGGAGCUAGGAGCAAAGGGGAGGCGUAUCCUCCACCGGAUUCAUGGACAUGGAGGAAAUAUGGCCAGAAGCCCAUCAAGGGCUCACCUUAUCCCAGGGGUUACUAUCGAUGUAGCAGCUCCAAGGGCUGCCCGGCCAGAAAACAAGUCGAGCGAAGCCGCAUGGACCCCACCACGCUCCGCAUCACGUACUCCUACGAUCACGAACACACCUCACCCGCCCAAGGCCACUCCCCUGCCAUAUCACCCGUCGCCAACGACCCACCCCAGACCGAGGUCUCCCUUGAUCUCUCCGGAUUCACAGGCCACCCCGACCUCAGGUGCGAUGCGCCUCUCGAUCUCGAUUGGCUCGCUGCCGAUGUGGCCUCUACAUCACUCAUGGAGAACCCAGUCUGGACGGCUGGUUACUGCAACGAGUUAGGAGCCGACUUGGCAGUUGGUUACGACAUGAUGAGGGAGGAGGAUGAGACCCUCUUCGCGGACCUAGGGGAGCUCCCGGAGUGCACGACGGUUUUUGGGCGGAAGGAAGUGGACCGGACUCGCCGGAGUAGGAGGUUGAGUGCAGUUCCCCAUGCUGGCAGCAUAGGAUAGUAUUUUUCUUAUCUUAUUUCAUGAGAUGCUUAGACAUGAACUAAUUGAAUCAGUGCUUUUUCAACCAAGACAAGUCUUGUUAGAAUAGUAUAGAGCGAUUCUGAUUAUGAAAAUUUUUGUUCACUAUGGAUCGUUAACAAGAAUCCAUGCGUUUCAGGCAUAGUAAUUAAGA